GGUCCAGCACUCCCACCUUCUUUAGAACAUGGGGAGCUGUGAACUGGGCAGGGUUAGAGUAUAGCUCAUGUGGAAGGCCCUGGCCUUUCUGGGACCUGGGGUCAGAGAAGGCUGGGAGAGAGAUUCCUCAGGCGCUCAGAAAAGACUGGCGGCACAUCUGGGAGAGCCUCAGAACCACGGACCCUCGAUAGCACCUCUCCCCUCCGAACAUGACGGGGACACUACUCAUGUCCUUGGUCAGCUGCCUCAUUGCCAUAAGUCAGGCCAGCCUCAUCAAUCGCUGUGACUUGGCCAGGGUGCUGCACAAGGAGGACUUGGAUGGGUUUGAGGGCUACUCCCUCAAUGACUGGCUGUGUCUGGCCUUUGUGGAAAGCAAAUUCAACAUAUCAAAGGUAAAUGAAAACGCAGACGGCAGCUUUGACUACGGAAUCUUCCAGAUCAACAGCCACUCCUGGUGCAAUGAUUACCAAAGUCACUCAGAGAACAUCUGCCACGAGGACUGUCAAGACCUACUGAGCCCCAAUCUUCUCUCAACCAUCAGCUGUGCAAAAAAGAUUGUGUCCGGAGCAGGGGGGAUGAAGAACUGGGUAGCGUGGAGGUUGCACUGUGCAGGCCGGCCCCUCUCCUACUGGAUGACAGGAUGCUUCUUGGGAUGAGAUGGGGGAAGGGCUGCUGUGGAGUCAUUUCAGAGCUCCUCUUCUCAUUCGGGAAUCUUCAUUU